AUGGAUCUUUUGAAAGGGGGGUUGGGAUUUAUUCGGGGGUUAUUCGGUGUCAGAUCGUCUGUUCCCGAGCCAAACUCAAAUACGACAGUUCUGAUUGUCGGUGCAGGCUCGACUGGACUUGCAUUAGCCCAAGGCCUGAAGAAGUUCGGAAUCCCAUGUGUUGUUCUCGAAAAACAUCAAACUCUGGAUGCACAGCCCAGGGAUUGGAAUAUGGGCUUGCACUGGGGAGCAGAGUCUCUAAAGUCUUUGAUCCCAGAGGAGCUGUGGGCGCAGAUUCAGUCUGUCCAAGUUGACCCUAGUGAACCAACGGCGGAGCAUGACUGCCUUAACUUUCUCAAUGCGCAGUCGGGUGAAACUAUGGCGACCAUUCCGGUCCAGUACUUCUACCGACUCCGUCGCUAUAAGCUUCGACAUCUCUUGUCACAAGGCCUAGACAUUCGAUACGCCAAGUCUAUGCGGGCAAUCGAGUACGCCGACGACGAGCAGCAUGCCACCGCGCUGUGUAACGAUGGCCGAUCAAUUACGGCGAGGCUAGUAGUUGGUACAGAUGGUGCUCGCUCAACCACACGGCAGCUUCUAUUGGGGUCUAACGCUGGUCGCAUUCGAUACCUGCCUUACUGUGCAACAUUUGUGCAGGCUAGUUACAGCGCGGAACAGGCCCGAUUUCUCCGUACGUUUCACCCGCUCUACCUUGCUGGGAUCAAUCCUGUAGGCUACUUCUCCUUCUUCGGUCUGCACAACGCGGAUGAUCCGGCCCAACCGGAGUCGUGGACGUUUUUCUUCUACAUCUCAUGGCACUCCACGUUGGAAGAACAGGAGGACACCGCGCAAUGGACCAAUGACAGGCGACUACAACAAGUUAAGGAAUUUGCAAAAACUUUCGCAGAUCCCUGGAGAAGCGCGUUUGAAUGGCUGGAAGAUGACCAUCAAGUUUGGUAUAUGAGCCUGACUGACUUUGACCCCGGUAGCAGGGAUCAUCGUUGGGAUAAUCGUGGCGGUUGCGUAACUCUUGCCGGGGACGCCGCUCACGCGAUGACUUAUCAACGUGGUCAGGGCUUGAACCACUCCGUCACUGACGCUGCCAAACUUGCCGAAUCCAUCCGAGAUUUUGUCAAUGGCCGAGCUUCGAAAUCCGAGGCAAUAGCUCGUUAUGAAAGCGAGAUGAUCAGUCGCGCUGGUGGGGAGGUCUGUUUGUCAACCAUAAACACCGAAAUGCUGCACGAUUGGGAAAAAGUCCUGAGUUCCCCCGUCUUGAAUUCCGGCCUCAAGCGAAACAAUACUUCUCAUGUUGGAUGA